CCCGGGGCGAGGCGAAGCUGCACGGGACGGGGCGGCUCUACCACGGGCGCUGGGUGGUCGUGCUGGGGGCGCGAUGCGGGCGCGGAGCUGCAAGGCGUAAGGCGAGCCAUGGCAAACGUCAAGGUGGCCGUGCGGGUCCGGCCUCUGAGCAAAAGAGAGAGUGCGGAAGGAGGAAGAGUGAUUGUGGAAGUUGACGACAAAGUGACAACAGUCAGAAAUGUAAAGGUUGACAGUAGGCUUGAUGGCACUUGGGACUCAAGAGAAAAGACUGUGGCCUUCAGCUUUGACUACUGCUACUGGUCAGUUGAUCCCGAAGAUCCAAAGUAUGCAUCUCAGGAAAUGGUGUUUCAGGACCUUGGCACUUCUGUGCUGUCGGGUGCAUUCAGAGGAUACAACAUCUGCCUUUUUGCAUAUGGACAAACAGGUUCAGGAAAAACUUACACAAUGAUGGGAACACCUGCAUCCAUUGGGCUGACACCUCGUAUAUGUGAGGGCCUCUUUUCAAGGAAAGACGAUUACUCAGACCAGACGGCAUCUUGCAGAGUAAAAGUCAGUUUUCUGGAAAUCUAUAAUGAGCGUGUCCGAGAUUUGUUAAAACAGUCGGACCACAAGAAGCCUUACACUCUCAGAGUCAGAGAGCACCCUGAAACAGGACCGUACGUACAAGGAUUAUCUCAACAUCUAGUUACAGACUACAAGCAAGUUGUAGAACUUCUAGAAGAGGGAAUAGCUAAAAGAAUUACAGCAGCAACGCAUGUUCACAAUGCCAGCAGCAGAUCCCAUGCAAUCUUCACCAUCCACUACACUCAGGCUAUAUUGGAGAACAAUCUACCCUCUGAAAUUGCAAGCAAGAUCAACUUAGUGGACCUUGCAGGCAGUGAAAGAGCUGAUCCCAGCUACUGUAAAGAUCGAAUUACGGAAGGUGCCAGUAUUAACAAGUCAUUGGUUACACUUGGAAUUGUCAUCUCCACUUUAGCACAAAAUUCACAGAUAUUCAGCAGCUGCCAGAGUAUAAACACCCUAACGAGUGAAGGGGAGAGCAGCCAUGUGGAUAACCCCUCCACAGGCAGUGUCAGUGGGAGCAGACGACCAGCAUACAUUCCAUAUCGUGACUCCAUCCUCACCUGGCUUCUCAAGGACAGCCUGGGGGGCAACUCCAAGACCAUUAUGAUUGCCACUAUUUCUCCUGCAAGCUCCAGCUACAAUGAAACCAUGAGUACCCUAAGAUAUGCUUCAAAUGCCAAAAAUAUUAUUAACAAGCCCAGAGUGAAUGAGGAUGCAAAUGUAAAACUGAUAAGAGAACUGCGAGAAGAAAUUGAUAGAUUGAAAACUUUGCUGAUGAGCUUUGAACUGAGGAAUUCCAGUCCUUGGAGUGAUGACAGGGAUGGAAAUCUGACUGAACUGGUUCUUCAGAAUGAGAUGAAGAUCGAGCAACUGACCAAAGACUGGACAAGUAAGUGGAUGGACAGGAAGGCAAUCAUGGAAGAAUACAGUGUGGACAUCAACAAAGAAAAAGCUGGAGUAACAAUAGACUCCAAUUUACCUCAUCUAAUGGCGAUGGAUGAUGAUAUCCUCAGCACAGGAGUGGUGCUGUAUCAUCUCAGGGAAGGAACGACCAAAAUUGGAAGGAGUGAUUCAGACCAAGAUCAAGACAUUGUUUUGAAGGGGCGGUGGAUCGAAAAAGACCACUGUAUGAUAGACAACAACUGUGGGAUCGUGACAUUACGACCACUUCAGGGAGCAUACUGCACUGUGAAUGGAUGUGAAGUCACUGGAUCAUGCCGUCUGUCACAAGGGGCCCUUGUUGUCCUCGGCAGGUCUCAUAAAUUUAGAUUCAAUCACCCUGCAGAAGCUGCUGCCUUAAGGCAAAGAAGAUCAAUUAAUGAUGUCCCGCCUAUUUUGAGCUGUGGAGCUUUGGACUGGCUCAACUUAGAUGGAAGUCACACUCAUUCUCCUCAUUAUGUCCUUUCUUCUCUUCAAAAUAAAAAAUGUACAAACUGUAAAGAAAAAAAGUGUUCUCCAGAAAUAAGAGACAUAGAUGCUGUGCAUGAAGAGUACAAGAAGAAACUGAAAGAGCAGGAAGCUUUCCACAGAAAACAAAUCCAACAGCAGCAGCUCUAUGUUGAGAAUUUAAAGCAGCAGAUCCUCAAAGGACAGGUCAAAGCAGAGAGAGAACUGGAAAAUGACCAAGCCCUCAUCAACCAGCAGAUCCUAGAAAACCAACAGUGGCUUAUAAAUGAGAAUAACCGACUAGCUGCCCUUCAGCAACAGCAGAGAGAAUUUGCAGUGCAAACAGAAUCUACGUUGUACGCAGAGGCUGAGGUACAGAGUAGCCUUGGUCUGGAGAUCUCGCCUUCGCUGCUACAGCAGAACAAGAAGAGACUGGUGCAGCUGGAGCUCCUGCGAAGGUGCUCCUUAAAAAAGGCAGAAAGAAACAUAAGACGUAAAAAGGUCAAAUUCCAGCUGGAAAGGAUAGUCAAGAAGCAGAAGUUAUUGGAAGCUAAGCAAAACCUAGAGCAGCUGGAAGCUAACUGUUGGCUCAGUGAAGUUCGUGUGAAGCAAUCCCACAUCCCAGAUGAAAAUAUUGCAGGACAGGCCUCUGUGGAUCACCAGUUACAGAACAGGAGGAGGUCAUUGGGUUCGAGUUACUCACUGCACAGUCAGCAUUCAUUCUGUAACAUCCAUCUGCCCCAGGUACCCAGCCGUUUGUUGAAUGGGGAAACAAUCUCAAAGUUAUCUACCUCGCCAAAUACUGAUCAAUGCUCCGAAGGCAAUACACCAGGGAAGUUUUCAUCCGUGGGAUACUGUUACAGAAAAUUUAAAGACUUUUCCAGGAGUGAUGACUUUAAUGAUGAAAAAGGUGUCUCCUUUUUAGUUCAGAUGCAGCUAUCUGAGAAACAAAAAGUAUCUUCAUUUGGAAAUAAAAAAGGGGCAGAAAGGGACUGUAAUCACUCAGCUGUCAUGGCUCAUAUCAAUAAAAAUGAUCAAAAAAUGGAGAAGCUGAAUGAUGGCCCAGAGGAGGCUGGAUGUCAAAAACAGACCUCUAAAGGUUCCUCUCCUGAUCGUUGUAAGGAGAAAAAUGAGCCUGAAACCUUUAUUACAGGGACAAGAAUGACAAAAACAAAGGUGCUAGGAGAUUUAAGUCAGCCUGCAAAUAGCUGUCUAGAACAAAACAGAGCUCAGGUGUCCAAUAAAAAGACGAGAAUGGAUAUCAAUACAAAAGGCCAUAGUCCUUCCCCAGAAAAUUUUGUUAACAAAAUCAAGAAAGCAGUAGUGUAUGGAAACCUAUCAUCUGCACAUCCAAACCAAGCAGCUAAGAAUUUGGAGAGAGUGCCACCCUCAGACUUACAAAGUAAUGAGAACUCAUCGGUGGAACAUCAAGAAUUUCUGAUGGUGGCAACAUCAGUUGGAAAUCUCACUAAGAUGAACACACAGGCACCACUCUCUUAUGUUGAAAAAAAAUGGCAUAGUGCUGAGCUGUUAAGUGCUGGAAUGUCUAAAACAGCCACAGACGUGCUCGGGAACUGGCAAGAAGAUGAGGAAAAUGAGAUUUCUGAUACUGACAGUACUUACUCUGUAGAUUCACUCUCCUGCGCUUAUGCAAAAGCUUUCACAGAGAAGCUGAAGCAAGAGGAUUUCCACAGAAAUAAAUGUCUUGCCAACCCAGAAGAUUCUGAGAGUGAUGACAGUCAAAUGUCACAAGACUCUCUGGUAGAAAAGGAAAAUAAAGCCAAAAAGCAAAAUAAAAGCCAAUUUCAGAAAUUAAAGGCCUGCCACCAGCCAGCUAAGCUUUACAAAAGCAGAUCUGAACACCGUGUUUCAUCUUUAGUGACAUCGUAUGCAUCACACAGGAGACUGGGAGAGGCUGAAAGAAGCUUUUCUCUGGACAGCUUGGGUGAUGGAGAAGAGGUGCCAACAGAAGAUCCAGUAGAAGAAUCCAAAUCUGAUUCAUCUGAUGAAGUCCCAGCAGAGAUUUUUUGGAAGUUACAAACUCCAAGACCACCAACUGUACAGACUGAAGAAGGCCAUGAGUCCAAGAUCUGCAGCAGAGAUACAGAAGUAACAAAUUACAAUCUGAAGCUGAGUAGUUCCUUCUAUUUGGACACUAAGCAACAGCCUGCUUUCAAUAAUGCUAGCAAGCAGUUUCUGAAGGAUGCAAAGGUCUCUUUUGCAGAGCAAGAAAGGUCACUUGAUAGAAGACUUUAUUAUGCAAGUGGACAUCCUUUGCUUACAACUGAUGCUUGGUCAUCCUAUGACUCAAAGGUUGAAAUCAGCAGCCCCAGAAUAACAGCGCCUUCUUCCCAUGAGCAUCUAGAAUUUCAAGAUGCUCAUUUCUAUUCUUUGAGCAAACCAAAAGGUUGGCUGAAGAAAGAUGAUCUAAAACAGUCAGCUGCUGAAGUUUCUUUUGUUUCUGGCUCUAAGCAGAUACACAGCAUUACUCAUUUAUCACAUGGUAUAAAAGAAAUAGACACAAGUUUCUCCUCUGACACAUCAGAAGUACCUUUACCUGAAACAACAGCUGCAAGCAGAGACUUUGAGAGUGAGGAAUGUAUAAACGCAGACGAAAAUUCUUCCUUGGAAUCUCAAGACAUAACAUCCACAUUUGUAAGUUCAAUAGGACCAAGCUCUUCUUUUGCUCAUAUUUCAGUAAAACCUGACUAUUAUGAACAUUCAAUGGCAAAUCAUCCUGAACAAGAACAAAUAAAUGAAUUAUCCACUUACAGGUCUACCACUGAAUGCACACAAGCGUUCAGCUGUUUGGAAAGCUUCUCUACUGCAGACAGCUUGUCACCAAUAGGCAGAAAAGAGGAGGAUUCUUUCCCUACAACUCAUCCAGAACUGUUGAAAGAUCUCAAGCUGGAAAAACCACCUUUUGUUUCUGUGUUGCCUGUGUACAUUUUGGAGAAGAGAAACAGCUGUGUGGAAGCAGACUUAGAAGGCAAUUUCCUCAGAACUAUUGAAAAAGAUGACCUAGAUGAUGACUGCAAUAACUCAAUGAUAGAACCAAGGAUAACAGAUUCAAACGCUGGCAGUACGCCUGUCGGUGUAUCUGCUGCUGGAUCUUCUACAAAUCUUGCCUAUAAUGUAGUCUCAACACAGGCUUCAGCAGAAAAACAAGUACAUUUUGGAAACUGUGUGCAGCUUUUUCCAAGAAGGGAAAUACCAACGUGUUGUGAUGAAAGUUUUUUUCUCAAUGACUUAACAAAUAAGAAGUGCUCCCCGGGAAGCACUCAGGAGCAUCAAGUAUUGGCUGGACAAGGGGCAGAAUCAGCUGUUGCACAAGGUCUCCUCAGGUCUAGGGAAAGUAAAUUGGAAGCACUGCAAGAUACAGAUUAUGAACAAAUACCUGCAGAAGCAGCAACUGUAAACACAGAUUUUUCCUCACAGAAGGUAACACAUAAAUGUAACCCUUUAGUUAUUGCUUACAGUGCAACACCAAUAGAGAUGUAUGAAAAAGAGAAAAUCUGUAUGGAAACAAGCAUAGACAGCCUAUCAGAGAUUAUAUCAGAGGAGCCUUCACUCAGAGAGAAAGAACAUGAACCAAGGGAUGAAGACUUGUCUUCAUUAAAUCAUUAUGAAUUUAAAAGCAAACCUGUUCCAAAAAAUUACUCCUAUGGGUGCUGUCUAGCAGACAGUCCUGUAAGUUGCCUGUCCCAGCACGUUUCAGAAAAUUCUACAUUGUGCACUGACAACAUAAGAGAAGAAAGCAGUGAAAGCAAAGAACACGGUAUGUUGAAUUCUCGGGUUACAGAUCAGAAAGAGUUUUCAUCCAAAUAUAAGAACCUGCUGGUAAAUGAAGUUAGUUAUCUCACAGUGAAUGUAAACGGGCAGGACACUGAGUCCUUCCCUGCCGCUGUUGGUGAGAACACAGGUGAUCUGCUCCCAGAAUCCAAUUCAAGCAUAUUUUACAAAGCUUCGCCAAAAGCUAAUUUUUUUCAAAGUGCAUCUGAGACUGAAAAUUAUGAUACGCUGUUAGAGCAUGUUACAAUAGUGAAAGGAGAUUGUGAUGCUACAUCUAAUCACACUGUGGAAGCCAGGGCCACAAAAUGUUGCUCUGUCAUACAUUCCAACUGUCUUUGUACAACGUGCUCUUCGACAUCAACAGGGGAGAAGAACAAUAUGUGUAAGGCGACUGACAGUGCUGUGGAACCUGAUGCAACCAUUCCCUUGGAAACAGAAACAAAGCUCUUAAUUGAAUCAAGAGAAGAGAAAGAACCCUUUUUUGAAUGUGAUUGCCCAGAGGACGUUUUGCUUGUUGAAGACCAUUUUAACUCAGAAUUGAGAAGAGUAUUUGAAUACAACAGAGAUACACUAGGUACUGUUUCUCAAGAGGAGAGUCUAUGUACAGGUAAAGAAUCCAAGUUUUUAAGAAACCCAGAAGCUGAUCCAGAAGAAACUGUGGUUCCUUAUCAGAAUACAAAAGCAAACACUGGAGAAAUGACAAAGUUAAACAAUAGUGCAAACGACCUAGAAGAAAAUGGAGUGAAAAUGAAAUCAAGAGAGAUAGAAAGUGUACCUGACUGCUCAGUAGCCGAAGUUGAAAGUGUAACUGCAGAUAGGAGUGGUGAGAAUUUUAAAGGCAUUGAUCUAUCUCAGAAUCUGAAGAAACCCACUCGUAUCAUACAUUCUGAGGUUCAGUGCGAGUUUUAUACAGAUCUGCACCUGACACUUGACGAGUCAGAGAAAGAUGAAUUACAGGUAGUUAGCACCGGUAUAGAACACGCUCAGGAGUCAAAAGUACUCAUGCACUCUGAUAGCUUUUUUCAAAAAGAGGAAAGUGAGAAAAUAAUCAGCAUUUAUUCACCAGAGCUUUCUGUUUCUCCCCAAAGCUCACCUUCAGCUAUGCAUUCCCACAGAACAGAUUUUACUCAGAAUGCUCAAGGCUUACCUGAUGCUUGUGAAGGGCUUUUGCAGAUGAACAGAACAAGAGAAAAUGUGUUUAAUGUAGAGAAUAUAGAAACUAUGGAACUAAUCACAGAUAGGCAAGGAAAUAUUUUAGAAAAAAACGAAAAUGAAGAAAAAAUAGAUUCUAGCAAUUUAACUGAACAUUACAUGCCACAUAGUUUGCCCCAUGAAGACUUUGAUCAGAAAAACGAGAUUGAUGUAUGUGAAGCGACUGGGAGUGAAGAGCAAAUCAUCAUGACAAACACAGAGGAAAUGGUUAUUAGGAAUCAAGAAGACAAACACACAGAUGAAAACGUUCAAUUUACUGAAGAAUUUCCAGCUCUGCAUCAGAUGUACUGUAACAGAGAUGACAAAGAGGAAAUUUUAAAUCAGUUCAAGAUCCCUGAAAGGUACCUUACACCUUCAGGACUACGAGAGAAUACACUGUCAGUAGAUGAUUCACAAUACCACAGUCCUCUUGAAAUGAAUGAAGAUGGUGGCUCAGAAGACUCUGCUACAGAUACAAGAAAUACAUCUAUGGAAGAUAUAGAUGUGUAUGAAUAUUCAGUUGAUGAUAAUAUUUGUAACAACCAGUACAGACUUGAAGAAGAAUCUAAAAGUCUUCAUAUUAAAGAGAACAGCCAUGUGUAUCUGAGUUGUUCAACACAAUAUCCUGAGCAUGGCACUUCAGAAAACUUGAACAUAAGUGUUGUUAGAAGACCUGAAAUUUGUGGACUGGAUGCUACAGGCUCAGGAAUUGUUGAUGAGAAAGCGCAUUUGAAAGCAGUGGACAAAACAGAGAAGCAGAUGUUUUUAGGAAACAGGGAGGAGGUAGAACUGAUAGUUCUACAAAACCUGAAUGAAUUAUUCCCUGAAAGCAAAGACAGCUGUCAUGAGGACAACAGUCUAAGUGAAAUCUUAAAAGAAAGCCAAUGGGUAUCUACUAGCUUUUCUACAAAUAAUGGAGAUAACAGCAAACAGCAAAAUUCAGCAGCAACACUGAAGUCUACCAAAAACAUCCAAGAAAGUUCAGUUAAAGACUCCCCAUGCCCAUCUGUAAGUCACCUUCUAUGUCUUGAAGUAAGUGAUAAUUCCCAUCUUGUUCAAGAUGCUUCCACUGCACUGAAAGGUCACACAAAACCAUCUAAUGGCAAUAUUGGAACUGAAGCUGUUCUUCUGUACUAUGAAACAUUAAUGGAGAAUGAGGCCUCUGCUGAUACACCUGUUAAAACAGUCAAAAAAGAGGGAAACAACAAAGCUCAUUCUGACAAAAUUCAAAGUAAAAAUGAAGCUUUCCUGCAAAACACGACCACAAAGGACAGACAUGAGGAAGACCUCUUUGUAUUUAGAAAUGAUUAUUCUGCAUCUGGGCAACCUGUCAACGCGAACAGCUUUUCUAUGCCCUGUGGAGUGGACAAUCAUGAACCUGAAAUGGUUGAGCUUAAGCAAGGGGCUGAAGGAAAUUCAUUUUCCUCAGAAGAAUUAGACUCUUCUGAAGAUACAAUUGAGGGUGUUAACUCACAUGAAGAACACAGUGUAGAUUUAAUGAUUAACAAAAUAUCAAAAGACUGCUUUAAUUCCACAGAAAGAAAAGAUCAAGAGGAAGAAGAUACCAUAAUGCCUGAUGAGCUGCUCUUCAAUAAUUCAAGCCUGCUUUCUCCUUCAGAGAAAGAUGCAAGGGAAGAUAUGGGGGGAAAAACAAAGCAUGCUAUACUGGAAAUCUCUUCUCAAAAUAUAUUUCACAACAUCAGUACAGCUGAGAGAGAACUUCACUCAGGAAGUUCAACACAAUGUGAUAACAAAGAGAAAUGCUUAAACACAAAUUAUAGUAUAACAAGCAGUAAUAAUGAUAAUGCAAGGUUUCCGGAUAUCAAGACAUGCCAGAGUGAGCCAAGACAUUAUCAGGGACAUGAGACUUCCAAGGAUUGCUGUGUAGACUAUCCCGAGAUCACUGUUUCUGAGAACAUUUCGACCCUUUCAGUAAGGUUUCCAAAUUACAAGAGGAAAUCUUGUACUUCUGAACAUUCUGCUGGUCUCCUGAAUAGCCCAAGAUCAUUUGCAAAUGAUUUGACUGACAGCAGUGGAGAGAAAUGUAAAAAUGAUGCUGUUCUCUCUGAAGAAACAAAAUACUUUGAAAGUGAAUCAACUAUUUUAAGUGCAUGUAUAACUUUUCCUGAUGUUCCACAAAAAGGAGAUGAAAACGCUGACAGUUCUGCAGUUACAGAGGCUACAGAUGCUCAAGGUAAUAAAAUCCCUGAAGAAACUGUGGGAACUGAUCAAGUGGGGAAAAUAAUUCAAGAUUCUUUUCAGAACUGCAAUGAUGCUAAAGAAAAUAAAAUGCCUGAAUACUUAGAACAGUACAGUAACACUUCUAGUGUGACUAUACCAGAAUCAGGAGUGCCCAUUUUUCAAAGCCAAGGAAAGACUGGCAGUGAAGAAUCAAAGCGUGCUCCAUCCUACUUUGCAGAAAAUACCCCAACUGAUAUACUGCUUCAGAACUCCAAAAACGUAAGCGUCUUCAACACUUGUUCACUCGAUGACUCAAAAUCUCUAACAGUUAGUCAGCUUGAAGUCUCACUUCAAGACACCUUUUUGACUGAGCAGGUAUCGUCUAGUUCUGCUGAUCUGCACUCAGUGAAAGAAGGCUUUGCCCCAGCGUUUGCAGAAAUUAAUCACCCAUCUAUGAGAACAUUUUCAGAAUCUUCUCCAAUUUCAGAUAUAGACCAUGGUGAAAAUGGCACGUGUGAUAGAUCACAUGCAAGUAUAUUAAAGCAUUCUCCACUUGCUGUUUUACAAGUGCAAGACACCCAGUCUGAUAAGUCUGUGGUAUUUGAUGAGCCAAUACAUGCUUCAGGAAUUAUUUUACUUUCUCUUGCAAAAGCAAACAAGCAUUACCCAGUAUCAGACACAAACUCUGCUUCAUAUGAGAAUUCUGCUGUAGAUGUGGAACCUGUCUAUGGAAGUAACUGUCUGCAACUUGACAAUAAUACUGAAGUUGAUCAACAUCACUGGAGUACAGUUCCUGCACAGAAAGCUUGCACAGAACAUGCAGAGGAAGUGCCAGAUGAUAGUGAAUCUCUGGUAUUGUCAACAGUACCUCUUUGGGAUACUGAAAGAUCAGCUCUGGUUAAAGAGGGACAGAUAAGAAAAAUACUUAACAGAAAUGAGGAAGAACUGCAUUCAAGUACCAAGGUUGAACAUUUUGCAGUAAAGAAAAAGCAAGAGAAAACAGUAGAUGAAGAACAUCUUGAAAUGCAAACUAAGGUAUCUUCAAAUUCGACAAAUGAAUUAACAGUCCCAGAGGUGUUGGAACAUCUGUAUCCAGGAGAUGUUAAUGUGGAUCCUGAACACACCUAUGAUUCAUUUGGUCCAGCAUAUCCCGCAAACAGCAGAAGUACUGAUCCCAGACAACCAUAUCACAGUGUUUUAGGUUUUGAAAAAAGUCCUGCGGAUCUGCAGGACAAUUGUCAAUACAUGUCUACAGGUGACAAUAACCCAGGCAGAACAAAUACAGAUGAUAGAAAAGAGAUUUUACUUUGCAAAAAUAAUGCAGGUUCCGAUGUUCAUGCUGACAGUUUUUCAAUAGCAGGAGAUGAUAUAAUGAAAUCAGAAAGACUGAAAUUUUCUUUAAUGAAUAAUGAAAGUACUCCCUUAAAAUUUUUACCAACCAUGGUAAACCAUGGUUUGCCUUCCCAAGAACCCCAACUGGUGCAAGUCAGGAGCAGAAGGCCAUGUUCUACGACAUAUAAUACAAAGAACUGCAAAACUGAACAGAGACCUUAUCUACAAAGUCACAGACUAUCAGCUCCAGCCUUAGCUGUGUUCUCUGAUUUAGAUGAUACUUUCAAAGCUUCCUCUCUGGCAGAUUCCUUGUUAUAUUCUGCAUCUAGAUCACUACAAGAUUUAAAUAUGAGCGUGGAGCCUCCAUCACCAACUGAAGAUGAUCUUCAUGUAAUUGAAAGAUUUUCAAAGCAGGAAUCAAAGAACAUUUUGCAGGUUAAAUCUAAACCCAGAUUUCAGCAAAGAAUGACACACACUAAGAAGAUUGCCAACUGUGAUCCAAAAAAUUUACAAAAUUAUGCAGCAAGGACCCAAAGCAGCCAGUCCUUAAAAGACAGUACUGUACAUUCUCCAUCAUCUUUACUGCCCACAGCUCACAGUUCCGCGGGUAUGAAAGAAAAUAUCCAUUCAAAGAGCAGUUCUGUAGCUCAGUGUAGUGAAGAAGCUGGGUACCAAGCAGGAACAGAUUUAUUUUUGCAAGACAGUAAAGAUGCAAUGCAUUUUAGUUCAAGUGAUAUCAACCCAUAUAUUCAUCCAUGGCAACAAGAAGAAUCGUGCAAGAUUGGCUGGAAGCAAUAUGUUUUUGGAAGUGCAAGCGAUGUCUCUUACCAUCAAAUGCCUUUAAACCUGGAUAAUCGUAAAGUUACGAGAUGUUCUAGUGUGGACAAUGGAUUGAAUUCUGAGAAUUCUCCUUUUCAUUCUCAUCUCAGUUCAUAUGCUACAGCGAAAGUUUUAUCAAGCACUUUAAGCAGUAUUGAAGGUCUUCAAGGAUGGGACAAUGCCAGACCAGGCUUUGAAUCCACAUACUCGAGUGACAGUAACAAACAGUACAGCAAUGUGUCCAUUGAAACACUGGAAACUAAUCCAGAAAAUGACACUGCUGAACGUAAGAAUCCUUCUGCAGAACCUGGUAACUCUUCAGUGCAAGUUGAUGAAAUUGUACUGUUAUAUCCAUCUGAGUCAGAAAGGUCUUCCAAAAAAUCACCAGGGGUUACCUGUGAGCAGGGAACACAAACAGUGGCUACAGCAAGGUAUAAAAGGCAGAGAAGACACCAGAGAAGUUACACAGAUGUUUCUGCAAGAAGGCAGGAAACAAACAGGGACCUAUUUCAGCAACAUUCUUCUUGGACAAGUAUGCAGAAUCUAUCCAUGCAUCUGUCACAGCUUAUUCAGAACACUUCUGAGCUGCUGGGAAACCUCUCCCAACAAAACAUUAUAGAUAAUGAACAGAAUAUCAAGAUCUACCAAAGCAGAAUGGAAAAGGGUGCAAAAGCUACUAGUACUAGGUCAGACAGCUGCACUCAGACUACAGCAGAUAUAGGCACUCAAACCGAGACUUUGGAAGAACGUCAAAGCAAACAUGAAGAAAAACAAGUGCAGACAAAAUUAGAAAAUGAAUUAAGGGCAGCUAAAGCAGUAAACUGCAAUUUCAAUGAAAUCAGUGCAGAUGCAACAGAUAAGGUUCCUAAAAGGAAGGAUAAAACAUUCUCUCUGGAAGAAGGACAAGAAGGAACAGAGAUGAGAAAUCUGGGCAACGCUGACUUCCAUGACAGUCUUGACAGCAUUUUGGAAGAUUCCUUUAUGUGCCUGCCUCUCUUACACAGAACCUCCACCUCCACCUUAGAUUUUCAAAAACCAUCGUUAAAUGCACAGCAGAAUUUUGCUCCUGCUAGUGCCCAAGUUUCAUCCAUUCCAUCCUCUUCAGUGAGUUCAGGGCAAGAUGAUUCUUCAUGCACUGUAGUUAGCAGCCCUACUAGUAGCAGCUUUCAAUCUCCAUCAUCUUAUGCUCAGGGUAAAAGAAGUGUCAAUGAGCUAGAGGUUCCAGCAGAAAGAAAACUUCGUUGCAAAAAUACUCUGUUGGUGGACAGGGCCUCUUCCCCUAUUCUUACUCUUAGUGCUAGUCCUAAAAGCCAGAAUGCUUUUAGUAAGCCUUUCUGCCCUAUUAAGGAACCCUUUGGAUCUUCCAGUGAUGCUUCAAGCCCCAUUCACAGUCAGAGAAAGAAAAGAUCAGGUCCACAUUCCAGCAUGGAACCUCACGUGGACAAUUUUUCACAGACUGAAACUGACAGUGAAUGCAGCAUUUCUAGAGACAGCAAUGGCAUAGGAAAUAUAUCUGGAAGUUGCUUAGAUAAAAAAGUGUCCAAAAAGAUUUUAGGAAAGGAUGACUCAAAAGCUGUGGAACAACAGCACAGACUCACUGUUGGCACACACACUACGAUUUGUGCAAAACGACUGUACCACUCUAGCAGCACAUUAGAGGUCUCUGGCCAUACUGAGUUUUUAACAGAUGAUGUUAGAGACCCCAGUCCGCUGGCACGUUCACUCCGUUGUAUGUAUGUCACAGGGGGAGGAAGAUCUGUGCUCGGGGGAAUCAGACAUGAGAAUUAUGUUGGAAAUUCUGAUACUGCUCUGAUUCACAAGCACUCACUUCCAGAUUCUGACUUACUUUUUAAUCCAAAGCGUAGUGCCACUUGUUCAAGUCAGGCAAAUGUUAGUGAGUCCUCAGAACCUCUAGUAGGAGCAGCUUCUCUACGAUUACACGAUUUCUGGAAAAAUGAGAACAGUUGUUCUCUUCUCUCUGAUGUGAGCGAUGCGCAAAUUUCCUUACAAAAUGACAACCCAAAUUCUGUCACCGAAAUCGAAUGUGACACUGAAAUUCCUCUGAAGAAAAGUACUACUUUAGCCAAGCCUUACAGGCCUCGGAGCUACAGUCUUCGUGACUUACCCGUACACAACAAGUUUAGCAACUGGUGUGGUGUUAAGGGCAGUCCUCCACCUUCAUCACUCAGCUUGAGUGGCAGUGCAACUGACCUGCACAGCCAGGCAGAAAGUAAGCCCGGAAGCCAACAAACAGUGGAAAUUGAAGGGAAAUCCCAGCUUUGGGGCAGCAGAAGCAGAGAGAUUGAGAGACUUCAGAGAGAGCGUGCUCAGAUCAUGUCUGGCGUACACCUGGAUCUGCACCAGCAUCCCCUUACUGUAGAACUGACUGAGGCAAAGCUGAACUACGGCAUUGGUGAAACGGACGCACUGCUGAGGGUUCUGCAGAGCGGAACUGCAGAUGACCUGAUGGCGGUUCCAGUAAAGCAGCAGCUCUACGAAAGACACAUGAGGACUAUUGAGACCCUGAGGAAGGAGAGAGAAAAAAGGCUGCAAAGAUACCAAAGGAGCCGAAGUCUGAGUCCUCAGAAGCAUUUGAGUCUGUUGCAGACCCUGGAUGCAAGUCACAGGGAUCUGGAUCUUCCUAGCAGGCGCCGUGAAUAUCUGCAACAGCUGAGAAGAGAUGUGGUGGAAAAUACCAGAGUUCAAGAACCAAAAAGAAGAAGCAUUCAGCACCCUUCAGAGAUUGAACUGAUGCUCAGAGACUAUCAAAGGGCACGAGAGGAAACCAAAACUGAAAUUGCACGAGCAAGGGACAAACUUCGGGAGAGAGCUGAGCAAGAGAAAAGACGUAUAAGGGAGCAAAUAUUUGCUCAGUUACAGAAGGAGGAAGCAAGGCUGAAGACUCUUGCAAGUACGAGCACCUUAUGUACAGAAUCCAGCCUCAGUCUAUCCUCUGGCCCAACAUCAGGUUACAACAGUAGCAAUACUGCUACAUACACUGCAAGUAAACUGAGCAGCUGGGAAGGACAGGUUUCUUCUGGAAGUGCACUGCUUUCAAGAGACACACGUGGUCGUUCAGCUGUUAGAAACAGUCAGCUUUUUAUGAUAGAGCAGCUACAGAAGGAUUCAACACUGGAAGACAGCAGAAUUGAGCCACCUCUUCCUUCAGACAGUAUCAGUUGUAGGUUCACUCAUGGGUUAACUAUUUCAGUAAGCUCCUCAUCAACACAAGGAUACCAAGAUUUAUCCAAACAUAUCUUGGCUAAUGCUACCACCGAGGUAAUGGCAGCGUGCUCUCAUAACCUGAGGAAUCUCUACACCUGUCAAGCAGCUGCUGGCUGGAAAUACCAAUGUACAGAAAAGGAGGUGCUGGUUUACUACAAAGUCUUCCCUUCAGCAACAAAGCACGGAUUUUUGGGAGCAGGAGUGAUAGAAAGACCUCUUGCAUAUGUGUGGGGACUAGUGAGAGAUCCGGGCAAAAGGCACCUGUAUGACAGAUCCAUCAGCACAGCUCGAAUACACAAGAAGAUAACAAGUCACAUUCAGCUGGUGUAUUUAGUGACUGAUACCUCCCUGUGUUACCUACAGCAGCCACGGGAUUUCUGCUGCAUUACUGUAGAAGCCAAAGAGAAGAACUUGGCUGUCUUGGCUAUUCAGUCUGUGUACGAUGCAUCCAUGCCCCACCCUUGUAAAGACGUGGUGAGAGGGGAAAUUUUGCCCAGUGCAUGGAUCCUGGAACCUGAUGUGGUGAAUGGAAGAGAUAUCACCAGAGUUAUUUACAUGGCUCAGGUGGAUCUGGGUGCCCCAGCGAUCCCGGCACGGCUCCUGAGCUCCAUCGCUAAGCGGCAGCCUUUGGUCAUUGCUCGACUAGCACACUUCCUUGCCAGUUAGCAUUGAUCAA